GCGUGGCUGAGCCCUACAAAACCCGCCCUGGGCGGGCUGGCGAGGCGAGCUUCACAGCCAGGCUCCCCAACCCGCGUCGCGCAAGGGACGCGGUGUCCGCAGAGCCUGCGGGUCACUGGACACGCCGGGGCUCUGAGCGGGCGCCCACCAUGCGCCCCGGCACGGCGCCCAGGUCGCCCGCGCUGCUACUGCCGCUCCUGCUGGUGCUCCUGGCGGCGGCGCCCACGACAGGCAAGGGUUGUGUCUGUAAGGACAAAGGCCCGUGCUUCUGUGAUGGGAUCAAAGGGGAGAAGGGGGAGAAAGGCCUUCCCGGACCUGCUGGUUCUCCUGGCCAGAAGGGAUUCCCAGGUCCCGAAGGCUUGCCUGGACCACAGGGACCCAAGGGCUCACCAGGACUCCCAGGACUCACGGGUCCCAAAGGUGUGAGGGGAAUAACUGGAUUGCCGGGAUUUUCAGGUCCUCCUGGACUUCCAGGCACCCCUGGCCAUCCUGGGCCUUAUGGACCUGCUGGUGUCCCAGGAUGCAAUGGGUCUAAGGGUGAGCAAGGGUUUCCAGGCCUUCCGGGGACACCAGGCUACCCGGGGAUCCCAGGUGCUGUUGGUUUGAAAGGAGAAAAGGGUGCUCCUGCUGCAGAAGGUAUAGAACUUGAUGGAAGAGGUGACCCCGGGUUGCCAGGAGCUCCGGGAUUCCAGGGUUUGCCAGGCCUUCCAGGCUUUCCAGGACCUGUUGGUCCACCUGGCCCUCCGGGAUUCUCUGGCUUUCCAGGAACCAUGGGACCUCCAGGACCUAAGGGUCACAUGGGCGAUAAAGUGAUAGGACAAAAAGGAGAGCGGGGUGUGAAAGGAUUAACAGGACCCCCCGGACCACCAGGAACGGUUAUUGUGACGCUAACAGGCCCAGAUAACAGAACGGACCUCAAGGGGGAGAAGGGAGACAAGGGAGCCCUGGGGAAAUCCGGACCUCCUGGACCCUCAGGACCACCUGGAGAAUCUUAUGGAUCUCAAAAAGGUGCUCCUGGAGAACCUGGCCCGCAGGGAAAACCUGGCGAAGAUGGUGCCCCUGGUUUCCCUGGCACUGAGGGAUCCAAAGGCAACAGGGGCUUCCCUGGGUUACAGGGUAAAGACGGCAUUAAGGGGUGGAAAGGGGACAUUGGCCCUCCAGGAUUUCGUGGUCCAACAGAAUAUUAUGAUUCAUACCAGGAAAAGGGAGAUGAAGGACUUCCAGGCCCACCAGGGCCCAAAGGAGCUCGUGGCCCACAGGGUCCCAGCGGCUCCCCUGGGGUUCCCGGAAGUGCUGGGUCAUUGAGGCUUGGCCCCAGAGGAGCCCCUGGAUCUCCGGGAGUGAAAGGAAGUAAAGGGGAACGAGGGCCCCCAGGAAAGAAUGCAGUGGGGCCUCCUGGGUCCCCAGGUUGUCCUGGUUCACCAGGCCCUAUAGGGCUGCCAGGAUAUCCAGGACCACCAGGUGACAUCGUCUUUCGCAAAGGUCCACCUGGAGAUGGUGGACUCCCAGGCCUUGUAGGGUUUCCAGGAAUCCCAGGAGCCGAUGGGCCCAAAGGGGAACCUGGCCUUUUGUGCAUACAAUGUCCUUGUGUCCCAGGGCCCGUGGGUCCCCCAGGACUGCCAGGGUUGGAUGGCAUAAAAGGAGUCCCAGGAGGACAAGGGCCAUCUGGCAUUAAAGGAAGCCCCGGGUCCCCAGGAAGUACGGGUCUUCCAGGAUCUCCAGGAUUCCCGGGUGCUCCGGGGGAUCCAGGACUUAACGGAGAAAAAGGUGGAGCGUCUCCGCCUGAGGGAGAAGUGGGUGCCCCAGGGGACCCCGGGCCCAGAGGGCAUCCUGGAAGAAGGGGCUUGGAUGGAACUCCUGGAACUCCCGGGGUCAAAGGGUCACCAGGGCCCAAAGGUGAACUGGCCCUGAGUGGUGAGAAGGGGGAUCAGGGUCCUCCAGGGUAUCCUGGCAACCCUGGGUCCCCAGGACCUGCAGGACCACCUGGACCAUCAAACUAUGGACCACAGGGAGAGCCUGGUCCAAAGGGCACCCAAGGAGUUCCUGGAGCCCCUGGACCACCUGGAGAAGCCGGUCCUAGGGGAGAAUUCGUUAUUUCGACACCAGUCCCAGGGCCCCCAGGACCUCCAGGGCCCCCUGGCCGUGCUGGCCCCCAAGGUCCACCUGGUGUCCCUGGAUCCAUAGGAAAAUGUGUUGAUCCAGGUCUUCCUGGGCCUGCUGGCGAACCAGGAAUUCCAGGAAUCGGCUUCCCUGGGCCCCCUGGACCUAAGGGAGAGCAAGGUUUUCCAGGAGCAAAAGGAGCACCGGGUUGUCCAGGAGAAAUGGGGAAGCCCGGGUCACCUGGAGAACCGGGUCUCCCAGGAGCCAAGGGAGAACCAGGAGUAGCCGUGCCUGGAGAACCAGGAACACCAGGUUUUCCAGGAGAAAGAGGCGGUUCUGGGGAAAAUGGAGAAAUUGGACUCCCUGGACCUCCAGGUCUCCCUGGGAUUCCAGGAACUGGAGGGCUUGAUGGACCCCAAGGGGAUCCAGGGAAGCCUGGACCACCUGGAGAAAAAGGACCCCCAGGAAGGUGCACGGAGGGUCCCAGGGGGGCCCCAGGACUUCCAGGAUUAAAUGGGUUGGAAGGGCAACAAGGCAGAAGAGGUGAAACAGGGCCAAAGGGAGACCCAGGUAUUCCAGGCUUGGAUAGGUCAGGCUUUCCUGGAGAACCUGGACCACCAGGGAUGCCAGGUCAUCGAGGUGAAAUGGGGCCACCUGGUCAAAAAGGAUAUCCAGGAAAUCCAGGAUUUUUUGGACUACCAGGUGAAAAAGGAAUGAUGGGGAUGAUGGGCUAUCCGGGAAACACUGGCCCUCCUGGGCUCCCCGGAAACCCAGGCACCCCAGGACAGAGGGGUAGCUUUGGAAUUCCAGGAGCAAAGGGUGAGAAAGGGCCCCCAGGAGCCAAGGGGGAAGAAGGAGAUAAAGGACCUCGGGGGCCUUCUCAAAUAUCCAAUUUACUGGGGGACAAAGGAGAACCAGGCCUCAAAGGAUCUGCUGGAAAGCCUGGUGAGAAAGGAAACAGAGGCAUUCCAGGGUUACCAGGUUUAAAAGGACUGGAAGGACCACCUGGACCACCAGGUCCACCAGGCCUCAGGGGAGAUCCAGGCAGCACUGGGAAUCCUGGGGAACCAGGACUGCAUGGCGGGCCAGGAAGCAUGGGGAACAUGGGGGUGCCAGGUCCUAAAGGACAAAGGGGAACUUUGGGACCACCAGGUUUAACUGGAAGGACGGGUCUCCCAGGUGUUCACGGUCUCCAAGGAGAUAAGGGAGAGCCAGGUUAUUCGGCAGGUACAAGGCCAGGACCACCAGGACCAAAGGGGGAUCCAGGAUUGCCAGGUGACACGGGAAGGAAAGGAGAGCGAGGGCUCCCUGGCACCCCUGGACAUUCGGGCCCUACUGGAACUGAGGGAGCCCCUGGACAUCCCGGAAGUCCUGGCCAUCCAGGCAAGCCGGGCCCUGAUGGUGAUUUGGGGUUAAAAGGCAUCAAAGGCUUCCUUGGUUCUCCGGGAGUCAAAGGCCCUCCAGGACCUCCAGGAUUUCUAGGAUCUCCUGGACCAAUGGGUAUGAGAGGCAGCCAGGGACAUGAUGGAAUUCCGGGUCCAGCGGGAGAAAAGGGAGAAACAGGUUUGCUGGGGGCACAUCCAGGCCCGAGAGGGAGCCCUGGUGCUCCAGGAGCCAAAGGAGACAGGGGCACCCCGGGCUUACCUGGCCUCCCGGGCAGGAAAGGGGCAGUGGGAGAUGCGGGGCCACAGGGACCCCCUGGCGUGACAGGACUCCCAGGGCCACCAGGUUUUCCCGGUGCAAUCAUCCCUGGCCAGAAAGGAAAUCGAGGCCCACCAGGCUUCAGAGGAAACCCAGGUGAGCCUGGUCCUCCGGGACCUCCAGGGAGCCACGUAAGAGGAAUCAAAGGAGACAAGGGACUCAUGGGCGAGCCUGGCCCCAGGGGUCUGCCCGGAACUGUAGGAGCCGAGGGGCCACCGGGUCCGCCGGGAGCACCAGGAAGCCCAGGUCUGCCAGGGCUCAGAGGUGAUCCUGGAUUCCAUGGAUUUCCAGGUGUGAAAGGGGAGAAGGGUAAUCCGGGAUUUCUAGGACCAGCUGGACCUCCAGGGCAAAUUGGGCCAAAAGGACCACCUGGUGUACGUGGAGACCCUGGCACCAUUAAGAUCAUCUCCCUUCCAGGAAGCCCAGGGCCACCUGGUCGUGCUGGAGGACCAGGAAUGCAAGGAGAACCUGGGCCACCGGGGCCACCAGGAAUCCUAGGACCUUGUGGGCCAAGAGGUAAACCAGGCAAGGAUGGAAGACCAGGAACUCCUGGGCCAAUUGGAGAAAAAGGAAACAAAGGUUGUAAAGGAGAGCAAGGACCACCUGGAUCAGAUGGACUGCCAGGCUUGAAGGGGAAACCUGGACACAUUGGACCACCUGCAACUGUGACAGUGAUGAGAGGCUUUAUCUUCACCAGGCAUAGUCAGACCACAGCGAUUCCCUCCUGUCCAGAAGGGACAGAGCCGCUCUAUAGUGGGUUUUCUCUUCUCUUUGUACAAGGAAAUGAACAAGCCCAUGGACAAGACCUGGGAACUCUUGGCAGCUGUCUGCAGCGGUUUACCACAAUGCCAUUCUUGUUCUGUAACAUCAAUGAUGUAUGUAAUUUUGCAUCUCGAAAUGAUUAUUCAUACUGGCUGUCAACUCCAGCUCUGAUGCCGACGGACAUGGCUCCAAUUACUGGCAGGGCCUUAGAGCCUUAUAUUAGCAGAUGCACUGUCUGUGAAGGUCCUACGAAUGCCAUAGCCAUUCACAGCCAAACCACUGACAUUCCCUCAUGUCCCAAUGGCUGGAUUUCUCUCUGGAAAGGAUUUUCAUUUAUCAUGUUCACAAGUGCGGGUUCUGAGGGCGCUGGGCAAGCACUGGCCUCCCCUGGCUCUUGCUUGGAAGAAUUCCGAGCCAGUCCAUUUAUAGAAUGUCAUGGAAGAGGAGCGUGCAACUACUAUUCAAAUUCCUACAGUUUCUGGUUGGCUUCAUUAAACCCCCAAAGAAUGUUCAGAAAACCUAUUCCAUCAACUGUGAAAGCUGGGGAGUUAGAAAAGAUAAUAAGUCGCUGUCGGGUGUGCAUGAAGAGAAGACAAUGAAGAAAUCAAAAGAAAAACAGAACUGUUAUUUUUCGUCCUAAAUAACCAAGUAAUGAUGCAGAAUAUACACUUAUUUAGGUAUUUUUCUCUAACCAAACAAUAUGGUUCUGUGAUGACUUAGUACAAAGUUUCUAUUUGUUUCUCCACACAACAAAGCAUUUCUUUUAAGUCAGUUCUGCCAUUCUGGUAUCUAAAUUUGUGCUCUUGAAAAGUUUCCUAUGGCAAGGCAGCAGACUUUUCAAAAAUAUACCACUGAAAUCCUAUGCCACUUGUAUCCAUUGCAUGAUCUCAAUGGCAAUUGUAUAAAGUCUCACGAUACAAGUUAAGAGCUAUUUGGUCCACUGGAUUCCCAAGAUUUGCCCCUUCUAUUCCAGUCUUUGAAACUAGGGGAGGCUAAAUUGGUUUUAGACUGUGCCACCACCCCCUUUAGCCCCUGAGACUGGAUGGAGAUGGGGUCAGGUGGAGUAAUGGUGCCUCGUUCACUGGACUGGACUUUCAGAGCUGUUCAGUAACCUGAGGCCUGAGGAAACCAGAACUGAACUAAGGUUCAUGGUUCUUCUAGGGCUCUUUCAAGUGUACCCAAGACUAAGGCCAAAAGAGGGUUUCCCUGAAUGGUUUUGUUCAUAUUUUUUAAAAGAUUUUUUGCUUGUCCAUUGAAUUCAUUUCACUGCAGCGAUGUAACUUGCUUGCAUUCAAAUUUUUACCCUUAGUGAAUUAAUUUUAGUGGGAUGAUGUUACACACAUACUCUGAAAUGUAUCUUCUUCUUUUUUUUUUUUUUUACCAGUUCACCCACCCAAAAAACAAGGAUACUACUUAUUAGAUAGGUACUUUAUCCCCAUCCCUAUAAAUGUUGAGAAAAUUUAAGACAUUUGCUGGCUAAUCAGGCUCAAAAUAUUUUUCCUUUGCUGUGAUCCAUUCAUAUUCCGUGUAACAUGGGUAUUUCCAUAUUUAUUCUCUGACUACUUCUCUAAUUCUUCUUUUGUAAAAAAAUGUGUUUUAUAUUACAUAGUCUCACCAACCAUGUUGAAA